CAGGCUCAUGCGCUGUCCCGUAUGACCCAGUCGAGCAAUGUAGAGGUUUAGUGGACUGACUAUGGCAGCGGCUAGAAUGGUUUCCUUGAACAUCGUGAGGAUUGUGCAUCUGCUGCAUGAAGAUAUUGAAACGCUGGCGUAAUUGAGGGCUUGGAACUGAAGUGGCAACAACAUGGCUGAAGCCCACCAGGCUGUGGCGUUCCAGUUUACGGUUACUCCAGAAGGAAUUGACCUUCGUCUGAGCCAUGAGGCACUUAAACAGGUCUACCUCUCAGGACUGCGGUCAUGGAAGAAGAAACUAGCUCGACUCAGGAACAGUUUCAUCACAGGAGUUUAUCCAGCCAGCCCUUCCAGUUGGCUCUUUGUGGUAAUUGCAAUUAUGGGGACCAUGUAUGCUCGUGUGGACCCAUCAAUGGGGAUGAUUGGCAAAAUCAAAGAACAUCUACCUGUAAGUUACUACCUAUCUCACCAAGGACAGAGUAUUAUUAGCGCCUUGCUCUUCUCCACGGCCCUGUGGUUUGCACUCAUCAUGACCAUGCGUUAUAUACUAAAACAACUCCUAUCAUACCAUGGCUGGAUGUAUGAGCAGCAUGGCAAGAUGUCGGCCACCACCAAGUUAUGGUUGACUUUAGUGAAGAUUUUCUCUGGCCGUAAGCCCAUGCUUUACAGUUACCAGGCGUCCCUUCCUCGCCUUCCCGUUCCAAAAAUUAAAGACACAAUGCAAAAGUAUCUGGAAUCUGUGAGGCCUCUCAUGACCGAUGAGGAGUUCAAACGCAUGACCGCACUCGCCAAAGAUUUUGAGGUUAAACUUGGACCCAAACUUCAGUGGUACCUGAAGCUGAAGUCCUGGUGGGCAUCUAACUAUGUGAGUGAUUGGUGGGAAGAAUACAUCUACCUCCGAGGAAGGGGUCCUAUUAUGGUAAACAGCAAUUAUUAUGCAAUGGACUUUCUGUAUGUUACACCAACACCAAUUCAAGCAGCUCGGGCAGGUAACACAGUGCAUUCCUUGCUUUUGUAUCGACGCAAGCUCAGUCGCGAGGAAUUGAAACCGAGCAGGGUCCCAGGAUCCAUUAUCCCGCUGUGCUCAUCCCAGUGGGAACGCACCUUUAACACCACCCGCAUCCCUGGAGAGGAGACAGAUACCAUCCAGCACUUCUCAGACAGUAAGCACGUUGUGGUGUACCACAAAGGACGCUUCUUCAAGGUUUGGGUUUACCAUAGUGGACGCCUGCUAAACCCCAAGGAACUAGAGAUCCAAUUCCAGCAUAUUCUGAAUGACACAAGCCCUCCACUGCCGGGAGAAGAGAAACUGGCUGCUCUAACUGCUGGGGACAGGACUACUUGGGCCAAAACUCGCAAGUCUUAUUUCCGCAGUGGCAAAAACUUACAGUCUCUGGAUCUCGUGGACAGAGCAGCUUUCUUUGUCACUUUAGAUGACAGCGAGCAGGGAUUACGCACAGAAGACCCAGUAAACUCUUUGGAUGCCUAUGCCAAAUCUCUGCUACACGGGAAAUGCUAUGACAGAUGGUUUGAUAAGUCAUUUUCCUUAGUGGUAUUCCAAAAUGGAAAAGUGGGGCUGAACGCUGAGCACUCAUGGGCAGAUGCACCCAUCAUUGGACAUAUGUGGGAGGCAAUGUUGGCAACAGAUUGCUUUCAGCUUGGGUACAACGAUGAAGGUCACUGCAAGGGGCAAGCAGAUGCCACAUUGCCGUUACCGCAGAGAUUACAAUGGGAGAUCUCCAGUGAGUGCCAAGAAAUCAUCCACAGUUCACUAAACGUUGCCCAAGCCUUAGCAGAUGAUGUUGAUUUCCACACUUUUCCCUUCAAAGACUUUGGCAAAGGUUUAAUAAAGAAGUGCAAGACCAGCCCUGACGCUUUCAUCCAGAUUGCUCUGCAGCUUGCACACUAUAGGGAUAAAGGAAAAUUCUGUCUGACGUAUGAAGCUUCCAUGACAAGACUUUUCCGGGAAGGAAGAACAGAAACUGUGCGUUCAUGUACUGUAGAGUCCUCAAACUUUGUCAAGGCCAUGAUGGAUGCUUCAAAAACGAAUGAAGAGAGACUAAAAAAAUUUAGGUUAGCUGCAGAGAAGCACCAGUUGCUCUACAGAAAUGCAAUGACUGGAGCUGGUAUUGAUCGACAUCUCUUCUGCCUCUACGUAGUUUCUAAAUACGUUGGAGUGGACUCACCUUUCCUGAAAGAGGUUCUUUCGGAGCCUUGGCGACUCUCCACCAGCCAGACUCCUAUUCAGCAAGUGGAGCUAUUUGAUUUAGUCAAUCAUCCAGAAUACGUCUCAUGUGGCGGUGGCUUUGGACCUGUGGCCGAUGAUGGAUAUGGAGUCUCCUACAUUAUUGUUGGUGAAGACCUUAUCAACUUCCAUGUGUCCUGCAAAUUCUCCAGCCAUGAGACAGAUUCCCACCGUUUUGGCAAACACAUCCGACAAGCUCUGCUCGAUAUUCUGAGUCUGUUCAAGCUGGAUAAGAUAUAGAUUGUUUCGUCUCAUGCCAGUCUUUCAAACAUCUUUAAAGUUACCAUCAAGGAGCAAGAAAAAAAAAGCGAAAAUAAAUUGCUGUCAAAUACAGGGACCAUUGCAUUAUUUCACAGCCACAUGGUCCAAUAAUAACUCGGCAGACUGUAUGAACUGCCUUACAUGCAGUACAAUCAUGGCAGCAAGUGGCCCAUCUCGCAGGUCAGUUUUCCUGUGUAGAAGGAGCUCAUUCCUGACUUACUGUAUGAGGUGCAAUGUGACUGAGCAUCUUGUGAGGGGUGGACAAGUCCCAUGUGUGAGCUGGUGCCUUAUAUGUUCUACGUUCUUACAGCUUAUAGUGAAGCGUGUCUCAAAUCAAUGCAAUUGUUUUAUACCAUUCCACAUUUUGUUUCCUGGGUUUCUUCAUACCUCAAUUUGCUCAUUAUUUUAAUAUGCUAUUUAUUUGGCUUGCUUUACUGUUGUAGUAACUUUAUUGAAGUGUUUGAUUGGCUGUUUUUCUGUGCAUUUUUUGUACCAUUAUUUCUCCAGCUCAAGAAAAACAAUUCACAUUAAGUGGGAGAAAUGGUGCCCUUCUUUUCAUCUUCUCAGCUACAGAUCCACAGAUUCUUGGGCUCCUGUUCUGCCAUCGUAGAUGGGUGCACCGAUUCUCAGACCACCUUAUGUACACUGUGCAUUGGGAGCCCAAGCCACUUCCUACUUGUCCUGUGUAGCUCUUGGGUUGGCCAGCACUGCUCAUGUGAUCAGUGCUGGCCUAUCCAAGGGCGGCAGGGAGUGCCUAGGACUACCAAUGCACAGUAUCCAUCAGGUAGUCUGAGAAGCGGUUCGGCCAUCUUGGACAGCAGAAGAGGAGCCUGGGAGUCAGUGGAUCUACAGCGGAGAUGAAAAUGAGGUCAUCAUGUAAGUGGUGUGUUCAUUCCUUAGUUAACAUGAUUUUUUUUUUUGCCUUUUUUCCCUGAUCUACUCAUGUAGAAUCAUCUGCUUGACUUUUUCAAUGUAGAAAACCUAUUUUCAUACACCCAAUUUGUGAAUUCUGAGUUAAUAGAGGGGGUCCCUCUGUUCAGGAUCCUUCUCUCUUUGACUACAGUGGAGAAAGGCUACAAAGUGCAUCUCUUGCUCUGGAGGACCUGUCCUGUAUUUCAUAGGAUUAAUGGACACUGUAAUACAUAAUGUACCCUGUGGCGGCGCUGCAAUGAAAUUGAACACUUACUGCCAGGUUUCCCCACACAUUCCAAUUGAUUGCUGUGGUCCCAGAAGGGGGCACAUUGUGAUCAGAUUUUUUUUAAGGGACCCUUUUAAGAAACAAAGACUAUUCAAAUGGUAACGUCAUCUUUAGUUGUCUCCUAGAUGUUCAUAAGGAUGUUGGCUUGUGAGGUAGUUCUCAAGAUGAAGGGGCUGUAGUCCUAUCCAACACUCCUGGUGCUACUUGGUCAUCUCCAGGGGCAGAUUGGCCAUAAAUCCUACAGGAAAAUAUCUUGGUGGGGUGAUGUCUAGGAGGGUCAUCCAAGUCCUCCUCACGGCUUCCACGUGGGUACAUAAUGAUCUGAUUCUUUCCUAUGCACCUGGCCAGCAGAUGCCCUCCCGAAUUCAACUGUAUCCAUAUCCCCAGGAUGGUAAUACAGUUGAAUACGGUGGCGCACUGUGGUAUUUGGUUCAGCUGAGGCAGUAUAUUGCUCAGUGUUGCCCCAUCUUUUAACAGUUUGAACCUACCUACAGCGUAGGGACACUUUUAGUUCCCAGUCCGCCCCUGGUCAUCUCUGUAAUCUGACACAGAACUCAGAUGCACCAUCCCUUUCAAUGGCUUGUGAUCGUACAUGCCAAACACAGAACCAUUAAACAAAUGGUGCUUCUGAACGAGUGCUCGAGUGCUGCAUCAUAGGUUCUCGUUUAGUUUGCUGUCAGUCGUAAUUUGGGCACAUAUUAGACAUUUUACACCUGGACCUCCCAUGGCUCUAUUGACCCAGACUUAGAUCACCAUAGGAUACUAUCUGGUAGACAUGCAGGAGGUGCAGGUAUUACAGUGAAUUGGACCCAUAUUACGCCUGUCUGGAAGGAGGCAUAUGCACACUUCCAACCAAAGCCCCUUUGUUUGUGGAAGUGUUGAGGGUCUCCACUCUCCAUAGACAAUGUGAUUAAGAUUGAAUUCCCCUUUAAUUGUGAAAUAAAUCUUUAUCGUUGCUUACUACAUUGAUAUAUUUUGUUGUUUAAAGGCCACUGACGCUAAUGGUGUUUGCCUUAUUUAAAGGGGCAUUACCAUCCCACAUGUGGGUCCCACCUCUGGAACCCACACCAAACUCCAAAACUAGGUACCCAGACCCACACCUCUCUUAGUGAAGUAGCAUCUGCAAAGGUGUACGUAUAUGCUUCCUCUCUACAUUCAUUUCUAUGGGGUUCACAGCUGGGCUGUUUUUGUAACUCCCAUAGAAGUGAAUGGACACAGCCACACACAUGAAGGGUCACCUUUCCAUUCUUUGUCUGGAUGCAGUGGCCUCCUCAACAGGUGGGUUGGGGUACCCCUUCUAGAAAUGAAUACAGAUCCCAUAGAUGAGAUUGCAUUUAUGAGACAUGGAUAUGCCAUAAACAACUAAGAUGGAAUACCCCUUUAAAAGGAAGAUACAAAACUUCACAUCUCCAAGUUCAACUGUUUCAGAACAUUGAAAGGGCUGGAACUAGUCAAGUAAGUUUUUUUUUAAACAGAAUUCCAUCUCUUUUAAAUGUAAAGGUUUACCUCUGCCCUCCAGUCUGAUUUCUUUGUAUUCCCUAGUGAUAAGUGGUGUCAGGGUGUCUUAUAACCACUUAUCCUUGGCACGUCAGUCAAAGUUGAUAGCAGAUAUGUGGACAAUCACUAUGCCGACAGCUAUUGCAUGUUCAUGGUCUGAUCACCCCAAAAGUAGAAGGAAAAGAAAGUGUGAUUGGAAGUAUUCAUUGUAGGCCUUGGACACUACACUGAACAAGCCAAAGGUCCUCUCUACAGCAAAACCACGGAAAUUCAGGUGUUGGAGACAUCUUGGGGCUAAUGAAGUAGUUCGAAUAUUCAAGGUUUUUAAGAGAACCAUAGAGCUAGAUCUUACAGUAAUGGAGGAUAGGUGGGGUAAACUAAUCCUCAACCUCUGGCUUUUCCUUCAUUAUGAAGUACUGAGACAUUACUGAUAUUUGAAGCAGUGCCAAAACAGGUUAAAAUCAUAAGUGAGGCCCUGGUUUCUGCCGCGUUGUAUGUAUGUGGGAGGUACACAAGGCCUGUUUCAUAUGUAUGAUUUUCACUGCUGAUGUGUGGCGUUCCUCUGUAUUUUUAUUUCAUUUUAGCAUUUUUUUGUACUUGUGCUUUGAACCUUUUGUUUCCUAAUUCCUCAUCUGAAGCACAUACAUUUGUUGUACAUCAUAUCUGAUCUCACACAAUUUGACUUUAGAUUCUAAUCCUGUACUGUUUGUAUACUGAGAAAGUACAAUGAUAGCAGUGAAGGGACAGCCUGUCAUUUCACUAGUGACACCGGUGAAGGGACAGCCUGUCAUUUCACUAGUGACACCGGUGAAGGGACAGCCUGUCAUUUCACUAGUGACACCGGUGAAGGGACAGCCUGUCAUUUCACUAGUGACACCGGUGAAGGGACAGCCUGUCAUUUCACUAGUGACACAAAUGAGAGGUUAUCUGUCAUUUCAAUUGUGACGUCAUUGAUUUGUUGUUUUACCAGUCAAGGUGCCACCUAUAAUGUUACUAGUGAUGCCAUCACGUUAAUGGAUGAGUGAGGCCCCAUGAACAGCCAGCCUCUACGCAGAGAACAGUAGCGAUCCCCACCAAUCAGACGUUUAGUGCGUGUCCAGUGUUUUUAAAGGGAUGUAGCUUCCCUACCAUAUGUGCAGGUCUGAAGUCUCAUCCUGUAAGGUUAGAGGCUUUAUUACAAUGCAUAUUUGCAAGUUCAUUUGUAUUCAUUGAGGGCUAUAUAGUGUGUGACAUUUCAAUGAGCCAUAGUGAAAACCCCAUAUUCUCUCCAGUUAUUUAGUUUCGCCAUCUACAUUGUGUCGCAUCACUAACUCAUCCUGUGACUCAGCUGAUCUACUUUAUAUGUGCUGCCAUUUUAUAUAGGGCGACCUUACAGUAAAGGUAUUUAAUGGCAUUGAUAUAUAUAUAUAUAUAUGAUUGCACUCUGGGGCAGGCUGUUGAAAGGUUUUUGCACGACUCAAACAUUGUUCCUUUAUAUAUUAUAUGCUUUUUAUUACAUGCAAUUUGCUUUUUGGUAUUACUUGCAUUUAUUGUUCUUGUUGAAAAAAAUUUAUAUUUUUGUUUUUGCCAUUAUCAAUGCAAUUUCAUUUGGGAAAGACUUGAGGGCAAUAAAAAGCCUACGGUUAAAAUGUA